GGCCAUAAUAUUAUAUCACCGGCUGGUGCUUUUGUCGGUUUGUAGUCCCACCAAACCAUAUCUGAUCCGUCCUUAUCAGUUUUCUAUCUCUUGUUAUGAAUAUAAUGAUAAGAAAAGUUAUAUAAAGGUAAACAAAAGUUGUACAGUUAUGUUAAGCAUUGUAGCGUGUCUUGUGCGACAUAACUGCCGUUUUUCCAUUUUAAAUGUACUAUAUAAAUACCAAAAGUGAAGUGAAUUAUGUGUGAAAAAACAGAUUAAAAUGAUCGAUACCGCGUGUAAGAGUUACAAACAUUUCGGUGAUUUAAAAAACCGUUAUUUUGGCGAGGAGUUUGAAGGAUUGCCGGCUAUAAUCGAAGGUGAAGUUGAAGAUUGGCACAGCGAUCCGGCCGAAAAUGCUACUUCUACCAAUCCAUCUUCAAAAUCGCCCUCAUCUAAAACUUCAACCACCGAAGAAACGAUCGACGAGAAUGCAAUAAAACACGAACCGGAUGAGAAAACUCCCCGUAUUCGUUUAAAAGCAAAUUUAGCGACAGAUCCGGCUCUGCAAACUCAACCGAUAACUUUAACGAACCCAAAAAUAGAAUCUGAUUUCUCCAGUAGUUAUUUGACGGUACUUCAACCGGCCAUUCAAAGUGCAUUAGCGUCAAGAAGAUUUUUUCUUCCGAAUAUCAUACCGGAAACGCAAGUCGAAGAAUCUAGACCGUCUACCGUUCCCAUAUUCCAAUGUUCUCCUUGCGGGAUAAGAUUCUCAUCAUUAAGUACUCUAGAAGCACACCAAACUUACUAUUGUUCUCAUCGAACUAAGAAUGUAACGGACGACGAUUCCAAAUCAGUUACCGAUCCGAACGGAAACCAAUCAGAUGCCGAUUUAUCAGAACCGCCUACUAAAAACAUCCGUAGCGGUAAACAAUACACAUGUACUCAUUGUUCGUAUAGUGCCGAUAAAAAAGUUAGUUUGAACCGUCAUAUGAGAAUGCACACUGUAUCUCCUAGUCCUAGUCCGUUAAAUAUCGUAACUACGCCGAAUGGAGAAAGUAGCGGUGUUAGUAAUACGGAUAGAUACUGCGCAGAAUGCGACAUAAAGUUCAGCUCUCAAAAAACAUAUCGUGCCCACAAGAUGCAUUACUGCAACUCGAGGCAUACAAUUAAACCUUCAACAACUGCUACUACAACAACAAAGGCAUCUUCUAGUACAUCAGGAUCGUCACCAACGUCUCCCGUCGAUUCUAGACCGUGCAGAUCACCAUCGUCCCCUUCUUCGCAACAACCCUUUUUAGCUUUACCUACAAAUCCCAUUAUAAUUGUGCCAUAUUCCCUAUUUAGAAGUGCUAGUGUAUUUCCAGCUUUGUCCGUACCAUCAGGACUACCAAAUCCGGAUACUCCUUGUUUUCUUCUUCCAAACGGAACUCUACAACCUAUGACGAGCGCUCUAGCCAACCAACAGCAAUCAACUGACGCUAAAUCCAAAGAUCCUCCCGUUAAAGAGCUUCCUUCUUCGGCACCAUUAGAUUUAAGUAUUCGAAAAUCUCCAGACAAUAACGAUCUGAUCGUAGAUUUUAGUGAGGAACAGGAUAGAAUCACUCCAAUUCAAUCUGUCAGUCCAGAAAAAAGUAAAUCGAUACAAUCUUCACAAAACUCACCACCAACGACUCCAAUAUCUCGUUGUGACUCCUCACCUUCGCCUAAAGUUAAAGAUGACGCUUCCAGAAGUGGUAGUCCGAAGAGAUUAAGAUCUGUUUUGAAACCAACACAAGAAAAAUCGAGGACAAGUCCCGAAACGAACAAUUUUCAGUCGUUCGAAGGGAAUCCUUCUUUGCAUCCAUUAUUGAUGAGAGGAUCUCUGCAGCUACUCGCUCCCGACGUACAAAUGAGACUAGAACCUCCAGUCAUGCCUCAAGUUUUAGUGAAACAAGGUGUGUCAAAGUGUAAAGACUGUAAUAUAGUGUUUUGCAAACUCGAAAAUUAUGUUGUACAUAAAAAACAUUAUUGCUCCGCUCGAAAUCAAGACGAAAACUCUUCAAAGUUUUCCGGUAGUCCUCCGGUUAGUCCAGGCAGCUUGGAGGCAACUAGCCCGGCAGGACAAUAUCAGCAAUUGAUUUGUUUAGCUUGCGGAAUCAAAUUCACGUCGUUAGAUAAUCUCAAUGCUCAUCAAGCAUAUUACUGUCUUAAAAGGGGAGAAGUGGAAAUUCGUAAAUGCGGAAAAUGUAAAGGAUUAGCGGAACCUGGACAUCAGUGUAUCCCUCACGGGGUUAAUUUAUCGGGAUGGAAAUGUCCCUGUUGCGACGUCAUCAGUCCUACAGCAAGUGCAGCUCAAAGACAUAUGGAAUCUCAUACAGGAGUGAAGGCUUACAGAUGUACUAUAUGUCGGUAUAAAGGAAAUACUUUGAGGGGGAUGAGGACACAUAUUCGGAUGCAUUUUGAUAAGAGAUCUUCUGAUUUACAGGAAGAGAAGUACAUCUCCUAUAUCCUCGAAGACGAAGGUUCGAAUACUGUAGAAGUGAACGUAACAUCUGCCGAAUCUUCCGAAGAAAAAGUGUCUUCUCCUAUCGCAGAAUCUAACGUUUCAGAAAACCUACACUACUGUCUCCAUUGCUCAUACAAUUCCACUUACAAAGCCAACGUAAUCAGACAUAUGAAAUUAGUCCAUGACGCUCUUAUAACUGAAGAAACAUCGGUAAACGGUCUGUCAGAUAAACACAAAUCCAUGCCAGUACUGGACGACGAAGAGGAAGAAAUCUUAGUGAAAAAAGAAGCUAUAGAACCAGAAGUAAUAAUAGCCCAAGGUGAUGAGCCUCUGAUAAAAGAAGAAGCGGCUAUAAAAAAUGUAAAAAGUAAAUCGAAUGACGAAGAGGAUCAUGUCCAGGAAGCGGCUAGGUCGGGUGCUAGAUAUUGUAAAUCAUGUGACAUUUAUUUUAAUUAUUAUUCGACGUUCGUGGCGCACAAAAAGUUUUACUGUUCGAGUCACGCAGGUGAAAUAUCAAACGCAGCUUCGAAUAAUAUAAACAACAAUAAUAACACUUCGGCAAGUCGUACUGCCGAAGCAUCUGUGCUUUAAGAUAGCUGCUUAGGGUAUUUCUUUAGAUUUCAAUUUUUCAUUGAUAUACGAGACAGAUUAGAAAAGGAAUUAUUUUUUUUUAUUGUUGCUUUUCAAUUCAUCUCAACUCACACUCCGCAAUUUAAUAGUCCAGUCAAAUUGACUUGAAAAAAGAUGUUUUUCGAAGAAUGUGGAUAGUUGAAACUGAAAUUUUUUGUUAAAAUUCUUGAUUUUUUGGUUGACAAUUUGGUUGGUGCAGCUUCAAAACUAUUAAAAAAAAUAAAAAUCUUAUCUACACUGAGAAAAAUAUUGAAAAUAUAAAAUAUGAUAGUUUUUGAAAGUUAUUAAGAACAAUAACACCCUGUAGAUUUUAUUAUUGCCAUAUAACAUACAAAUAUAAAUUUAAAAUCAAGAUUAUUAGUUAGAAAUUUUGACAUUGAUAAAUCUUCAAGUCAAAUAUAGUUGCGACACAAAUUUUCUUGUACUAUAACACAAAGAAAAGAUUGAAAAGAAGGUGAAAACUGAUUUUUUUUUUAGUUAAAUUGAGGAUAAAUGGAUAAAUAUUUGAUGGAAAUUAAUUGGUACUGCUUUCAAACUAUAAAAAAAGAAAUUGUAACUACACUGAGAAAAAGAUUAAAGAUAUAAAAUAUGGCAGUUUUUAGAAAAUAAUAAAGAACAUGUAGAAAAUACCAGUGUUCUCAACUAAAAAAUUCAUCUCCCGAAAGCACUUAUCAAAAACCCCUAAAAUCCCAAUAAUUUCUAUGGAUUCCUCAUAAAAAAACUUUUUUUCAUAAAAUAAAUAAUUGAAUAUUUUUAAAUGAAUAAAACAUUAAAAAUAUCAUUAAACAAAUAAUAAAUUUCUAACAAUAGAUAAAUAAUUUCAUUCAGCAACAUAAUUUUUUAAAAUUCUUUAUUCAUAAAUCAUCGAAAACUUCAAGUAACAAAUAAUUUUCUUCAGAUUCUGAUUUUUUUAAAUCGUAUAUUAUACUAUUAUACCUUUAUUUUAUUUAAUUUGUAAUUAGAAGUUAUAACAAUCUAUAUUUCCCCCCCUAAAUUUGGAGGGAAAACCCUUACUUUCCUCCCGCCUUCCUCUCUACUAAUACAAAGUUAACAGGGUCGGUAUGGCCCUAAAUGAUAGGUGCGUUAUAUAAUCAAAAGAAAUGACCUACAUUUUACACCCUUUAUUGGCGUACCGAACCAAAAAAAAACGUGACAUCCGCAUAUAAUUUUUGUUUCGAAACAAGUCUAAUUUAACUGGACUAUAAUUCUACUGGAUUAUAUUAUCACUAUUCAAAUUGUACCAUAACCUACAUGAAGAUUUUUGAGAAUUUUGUUGAUUCUUAUAAAUUUUCCACGAUUUAGAUAAGAUACAUUUCAAGUAUCGUUUUUUGAGAUUUAGAUAAAUUAAAUCUGAUAUUAAAUGAAUAAAGUAAUAAUAUUUAAUACAGAGCGCGGUUUUGAAUUAUUUUGAAAUGGAAGGAUUUUUAAUUUAAAACACCGAUUUUUUAAAAUUAGACACUUUGUCGGACCAAAGAAAUGUGCCACCAAAAGUUUGUUUCGAGAUAUUUGAAAUUUAAAUAUUUAAUCAAAUCUUGAAAUCAUUUUCACACGCAGUAUGAAAAUAAUUUUUUAUCUCUCAUUAUUAGAGUUAUUCUCAGAAAUUGAUAAAAUUUUUAUAACUCUUUGUAUAUAAACUCCUGGACAAAUAUAAAUACAACUUAGUCUCAAGUUGCAUUGAAAGAAUAAUGAACACCUACAAAUUAGUCGAAUAUGACCUUAACAUAACCUCAAUUCGCCUUAUUUGUUUGUUUGUUUUUACUGGAAAUAUACAUCAUACCUCCAAAUUGAAAAAAAAAAUCGUAAAAAGAGAAUAAAUGCAUGUUGAUCAACCCUAAUACCACGUAGGCCCUCCUCUACUUCUUAUGACUGCAUCCAUGAGUCGCGGCAUGCUUGAUAUCAAAGCUCACGGUAUAUUUUCCCAUUCUUCAAUAGCGACCUCUACGAGUUGGUUGUGAUUAGAAACUAUCUAUCCAUAUAUGUUCUAUAGAAUUAAUAUCCGGACUGUUAGAUGGCCACUCUAAUAAAGGGAUUUCGAAAUCAUGAGUGACCAAUAACCUGUCUUGCCACGUGGGGACGAGCGUUAUCCUGCAUGAAUAAAAAAUUAUGCCCAACAAACGGAGCAAAAGUUUUAUUGGGCAUUCAUAGACCCCGUAUGUAUAGGGAGCAAUUCCGUACAAGCAUCGAAGCAAAUUUCUCCCCAAAACAUUUUAGAGCCACCACCAAAAGGCACUUUAGGAGAGAUAUUAUAGCUGACAAACCUUCGCCAGAGAACAGAACCCGUUUACAAUCAUUGAUGGUCCAAUUCUGAUGUAUUCUUGCAAAAUUUAAUCUCUGAACUUUGUAUUUUCUGGUAUGCAAGGUUUUUUUUGGCUGGUUUUCUGUUGCUUAACCCUGCUUCAUGUAAACGUCUUCUAACCGUUCGUUUUUUUAGCACGUUGUCUCAAAAAAUGAUCAUCCAUUUGAUUAGUGCAACGUUUUCGCCCUUGUCCUGAUCCUCGAUGGUACGAACCCGUUUCAUUAUGUCCCCUCAUUAUGCGACUGAUGCUGGAAUGAUAUCUUUCUAAUAAACCAGCAACAUAUCGCAUGAAAUAUCCUUCGUUCAGGACCUCCUUCACCAUUGAACAAUUUCUUUGGCGGUUCAUUUUUUUACUUAUAUACUCCCAAAUCAAUUUCCAAACAAUUACAAUCAACAGCUUGCUUAUAACAUAAACUUUGCUUUAAGCAGUACUUUUUCAGUUAAUGUUAACACGGUUUUAGUCCAAUACGAGGUUACCUCACAUUUAUCCAGGAGUUUAUUAAUAUAAAGCAUCAGAUCUUUAAUUGUCCUCGAAAUACAAUGUUUCGUUAUUAAAAUUAUUAAAAUGAAUUUCUUUAUCUUAGCUACAUUUGCGAUAUCUUCGUGGGUUUCGGUUAGGAUAUAAAUUAUUAAAGAUAUUAGAUACAUUCUUAUUGUUUAUAUCAUUAUAAUAAUAAUUCAUUCUUUCUCAAGUAAAUAAUAAACAACUGUGUGCAGUUGUAGCUGUAUAUUAACAAACUUCGGCCGUAUUACGAAUCCUCUUUACAAACAAAAAUUCAUGAAAAUUCUGCGAACCGUUUCGGAUGUAAUUGUGGCGUUGCAUACUUAAAAUUCACUCUGUAUAUAAAAAUUUCUAGUCUGUCUGCAACUUAAAAAGAUGUUAUGUUAUAUUCAGGCCAGUCCUCUCUUUGUAUACGUACAACCUUUUUUUACUACCCCAACACGUAACUGUACUUAUUUUAACUGAUUUAGCUAAAAAAAUAAUGAAUAGGUUAAUUUUUUUUUAUUCAUAUUCAUAUGGGAAAAUUUUCAAGCCGAUAAGUUUAAUUGUACCUUGCAAUAUACGAAAUCUGGUUGACGACAAAGUAAUUUUGGUUUUGUAGUAUAAAAUAAAACACAAAGGCAUUUUAAGUGUUUUUUAAUUGUUGUGUGUAGCCUCUUCGCAACCUCUCGAACAGUUAUAAAAUGAUUCUUUUCAAUUAUGACUUUGAUUUGGUCAACAUCAACUUCAGUAGGUCCACCAGAACGUAGCCUAUCUUUGAGGGAAAAAUCUCCAGAAUCAAUCAGCACCAUAAGCUUCACAUGUUUCUUUGUGAGCCGCAGCAGCGUAACAUAUGCCGAAAAUAACCCACAAUUAAUAACUCUGAUAAAAAUCGCACACUUCUUGAUUUCAAAGUUACGUCAAUGUGAUCAGUAUUACGUGACAAACGAUACAGUUACUAAAAAAAUAACGCAAAGCUCUCCAUCAGUAAAAAGCGAAAGUACUUAGUUGCCGAACUUAUAAUUUCUACAAAUAUCGCAAAAAAACCACUUAUUCGAUCCUCUUAGUCCAAAAAACAACAAACACAAAAAACAAAACAAGAAUCAUGAAAAAUGCGAAGAAGAUCAAGACGAAACUCAAUUCGGCUUCAGAAAUGACUUGGGAAACGAAAAGCACUUUUUGCACUGAAUAUAUUACUACAAAAAUGCCGGGACCAAGGGAAAUAUGUACAACACGACAAGUUAAUAAAUAUAUUGAGAGAAAAGGAGUUGAUAGUUCCGACGUAAGAAUCAUCGGAAAAUUAUAUUGGCACCAAAGAGCGGGCGUUCGAAUCAACAGAGGAGUCAGACUCUCAUACUCUCACCAUCGCUUAGAGGCUUUUGAAAUGUGGUUAUAUGGACGCAAGCUCAAGAUACCGUGGACAGCUACGCAAACAAACGAUUCAGUCCUUAACAGAUCAAACGCGGUUCGUGAGUUGGUAGAUAACAUUAAAUGCAGGAAAAUAGCUUAUUUGGUACACAUAAUGCGUGGUAGACAGUUUAAUAUCAUUCGGUUGAUGAUGAUACGUAAAGAUGAAGGUUGUACAGGAAUUGGAAGGAAACAAGCCUCUUGGUUGAAGAAUAUGGAUUGGGAUAAGAAAUUAAGACUAGCUCAAGAUAGAAACAGUUUUGCCAUGCUGAUCGCCAACGUCAAGGAGACUUGAUACGGCACGCUAAGAAGAAGUCCAAAGGGUGUUUCAGAACUCAAGACUGCUAUUUCAAACGUUUCGAAUUGGAUGACUGUACGAUGAGAGUAUGUGGUCAAAAAUCCGUAUAAACUGUUUUAAUUUAAUUAUUUGCUGAUUAUUCUAUGAAACAAUGGUUACUAUACUAAAAUUACACACAUUUUAUAUAACUGAAUCGGCAGCCUUCCUAAUUUUGGUUUUUAAAUGUUGCAUGGAAUAUUCUCAAAAUUCAAUUUCUCAAUUAUUUACGUUUAGUUGCUUCCCAACCAUCAGGAUAAACAAAACGUUCAAUUGGACAUAGUUGAGGAACAUCUCUAGACUUCUCGAUAAAAGGAAUAUCCAACUCUGCAAAAGCUUCCACAACGUCCUAACCAAGCACAACCCUUCGGGAUGCUUUUUCAUUAUGAACUAGAUAUAAUCCACUUUUGUUCAUAUAUUUUGGCGGUUACAGAAUAUCCAGAAGGACAAAUGUAUGCUGAAAAAAGACCACGAGAAGAUAUCGCAAACCCUAUCAACACUUUCGAGUUGAACUAUUUGUAUCUUUUGAAAUACACUUCUAAAUUUACUUCCUCUCCUUUUUGACAAUAAUAUAUCUUGUCCAAUUGGUCUCAGUUGAUUAAUCGCCGUUUCACACCCGUCAAAAGUAAAAUAUGACUCGUCGUCGAUUUCCAAACAAAAACUUGUUGUCACUGAGAUUUUUUUAUCCAUUUGUUGCUUAUCAAAAUAUUCGGGUGUCGAUUUUCUUGAUUUUUGAACUACGUUCUAUUCAUUUAGAAGGCUGCUAACAUAUUACGAAUUUUCUGCCCGAUUUUCGCAAACUGACUACCUGUUUUCCGUGACCCGCUUUAACCAAAGCUUCUCUCUUCUUUUUUUCUGCCUGAUCCUGACUUUCGUUCAAUCGAAAUACCUGUUUCAACACGCCGACAGAUAUCGUAAAUUGUUUACUAAACAUUGUAGGCCUUGUUGAUCCUUUCAGCCUGAUCCUGACUUUCCUUCAAUUGAAAUACCUGUCUCAAUACGCCGACUGACAUCGUUUGUCUGGCUAUUACUAUUCUGAUCAAGUAAACCAUUUUUCUUCAGAUCUUGAUUUUGUUCUUAGAACAGUAUUUCCUCAAUUUCUAUUUCAAUCUCGAUGGAUUAUGAAAAAAUAUAAAACAAUAAUGGUUGUGGGGCAUGGAGGCUUUCCCAAAAUUAGUGAAUCAACUGGGCUUCAAAGCAGAACUGUUCCAAGGGGUCAAUUUGCUGCCCACUCAAAGGGUUAUUGAGUUUCAGAAUCAUGACAAUAUCUGUGUGAAUAUAAAUGAAAAUGUAAUUUUCCUGUUCUAAUGUGUUGUAGUAAAACAAAAUUAUAGAUUUUUACCUGUUGGGGCGAUAAAUGUAUAGUUGUUUAUAUGAAUCAAAUGAAUAAUAAAAUAUUAUGUAAUAGGUAUGUUAAAUGUUUUUCUUGUAUAUAAAAUAUGCAAUAAUUACAAAUUUGUUUUUUGUAAAAAUUAAAGAUUUAUAAUUUGUUCAUUUAUAAUUUUUCAGUAUAUAAUGAAAAUAUACUAUGCCAAAGGAUUAAAAUUUAAAAA